AGUCAGCAGCCAAAGUCCUCUCUGUCUCUUACACAGCCUCAGUCAGUACUCUGAGUCUAUUGAUCCUCAGUGCCUCUCGUUCUCACACCUGUCAACAACAGGCACCCUGGUCCUCUCCUGUCCAGCUGUCCCAGACCUCCAGCGGAGUGUGAACGUCUUUCUCUGCCUACCAACACCCCCCCCCCACCCCCCCCUUCUGCUUCUGACUCCGUCUGCCUGGCCUGGAACCAAAUGUGGAUGUUUUCCUCUUAGACCUACCCGUCUAGACCACCCCCCCCCCCGUGCUGUGACUUUCUCUCUGUCUAUCUCGCCACCAUGCUGCCUCGCAUCUCAGCCUAUCUCCUGCUUUCUCUCUGCCUCUCCUGGGGGAUGUCUGCUUCUCUGGUCAGGAACAUCACUCCUGAAGAGGAAGUCCCAGAAGCAGAAACCUUGUUCAAGGAUGACACCGUUGCUGCUGCUGUAGAUAUCCGGGUGGAGGCUGAUACCGGGGUGGCAGAUAGCCUGGUUGUUGAUGAUACUCCUGCUGCUGUAGAUAUCCGCGUGGAGGCUGAUACCGGGGUGGCAGAUAGCCUGGUUGUUGAUGAUACUCCUGCUGCUGUAGAUAUCCGGGUGGAGGCUGAUACCGGGGUGGCAGAUAGCCUGGUUGUUGAUGAUACUCCUGCUGCUGUAGAUAUCCGCGUGGAGGCUGAUACCGGGGUGGCAGAUAGCCUGGUUGUUGAUGAUACUCCUGCUGCUGUAGAUAUCCGGGUGGAGGCUGAUACCGGGGUGGCAGAUAGCCUGGUUGUUGAUGAUACUCCUGCUGCUGUAGAUAUCCGGGUGGAGGCUGAUACCGGGGUGGCAGAUAGCCUGGUUGUUGAUGAUACUCCUGCUGCUGUAGAUAUCCGGGUGGAGGCUGAUACCGGGGUGGCAGAUAGCCUGGUUGUUGAUGAUACUCCUGCUGCUGUAGAUAUCCAGGUGGAGGCUGAUACCGGGGUGGCAGAUAGCCUGGUUGUUGAUGAUACUCCUGCUGCUGUAGAUAUCCGGGUGGAGGCUGAUACCGGGGUGGCAGAUAGCCUGGUUGUUGAUGACACUCCUGCUGCUGUAGAUAUCCGCGUGGAGGCUGAUACCGGGGUGGCAGAUAGCCUGGUUGUUGAUGAUACUCCUGCUGCUGUAGAUAUCCGGGUGGAGGCUGAUACCGGGGUGGCAGAUAGCCUGGUUGUUGAUGAUACUCCUGCUGCUGUAGAUAUCCGGGUGGAGGCUGAUACCGGGGUGGCAGAUAGCCUGGUUGUUGAUGAUACUCCUGCUGCUGUAGAUAUCCGGGUGGAGGCUGAUACCGGGGUGGCAGAUAGCCUGGUUGUUGAUGACACUCCUGCAUUGGAGGAACCUGUAGAAGACACCCCAGUGGCCGAAGACCUGGUGGCCGACAAGCCUGUUGCAGAUACCGUUGUAGCUGGGGCAUUUGUAGCCAAGGAACCAGUUGCGGACUCCCCUGUUGCUGAUGCUCCGCUGGUAGACACCCCUGUCAUGGCAGACGAAGUCCCAGACACAGAGGCCCUCAUGGCGGACAUGCCAGUGGUGGAAGACCCUGCUUACAUGGAUCUGGAGACCCUUGUUAAAGAGUCCCGGAUAACAGAAGCCAUGGUUAAAGAGUUGUCUGCCCAGGAGGAGGAAGACCUCAUUAAAGAGACUGAGAUUCAGGACGCCAUCUUGAAAGAUUUGGCUGACCAGGAGGCCCUUGAAAAAGCGACGGAGCACAUUGAAGAGGCAGCAGAGGCAGAAGCAGAAGCUCCAGCGGAGGAUCCAGUCAGCCCUGUGGUACCUGUCGUCGAAGCCCAGGAAGAGGACUCUGACUGGGGCUUGGUUUCCAUCAGAGAGAGCCUUCAGGCAGCCAAUGGAUACUUUGGCUCCCUGGUGGAAUUGAUGGGGGGACGCAACGGAUUGUGUCAGUACAAAUGCAAAUACGGUAAGACACCUGUGCAUCGCGUUGGUUAUGUGACCCCAGAGCCCAAUGGUUGCAGCUCCGACCUCCUAGGAUUCCAGGUACCAGAUAGUUUUGACAUGGGCAUCCCAGCCAUGACUCAGUGCUGUAACCAGCUGGACAGUUGCUAUGACACCUGUGGCUCCGACAAAAACCGCUGUGAUUCCAAGUACCGCUCGUGUCUCCACGCUAUUUGCUCUGACCUGAAGAAGAGCCUGGGGCUUGUGUCAAAGGUCAAAGCCUGUGAGUCUGUAGCAGAUGCUCUGUACAACACAGUGUGGACGCUGGGAUGCAGAUCCUUCAUGAACAGCCAGAGGGAAGCAUGUCACUGUGAUGGAGAGGAGAGGGACGAGCUGUAGAGGACCAGGCUGGGACACUACACUACACAGCACUAGACCAACCUGGGACACUACCCAACACAACACCAACCUGGGACACUACCCAACACAACACAACACCAACCUGGGACACUACCCAACACAACACCAACCUGGGACACUACCCAACACAACACAAGACCAACCUGGGAAGAGAGGGACUAGCUGUAGAGGACAUGCAUGUACAUAGGACAAUAUCCUCUUGCAAGAAUCAUCAAUAGAAAAGGUGUAAGAAGCCAUCAGUCACUUGUAUCAAAAGGAAGGAUAAAGAAAGGACAAGCACUCACUUGAUUCAGUUGAACUUCAAGUCAACAUGGAUUCACACUAUAUAGCCACUCCUAUUUGUCAUAUCUUUCAUCUGAGUCUGGAGAAAAAUAAUUGUCCUCAGAACUGGAGGGAAGCCAAAGUAAUUCCGCCACCCAAGAAUGGUAAAGCACCAUUUACUGGUUCUAACAGCUGACCAAUAAGCUUGCUGCCGACUCUUAGCAAACAAUUUUUUAUUUUUUAAAUGGUGAUUGACCAAAUACAAUGCUAUUUCUCUGUAAACAAAUUAACAACAGACUUUCAGCAUGCUUAUAGAGAAGGGCACU